AUGUUGACAACGUACGUUGCUUGCUUUCGAAUGCCGAAAAUUAUGAGUGAAGACAUUUUUGAAAUUCUACUCUGGAAACAACUACGGUUACUUCACGAGGAAGAUGUCAACAAUGGGAUGAAAUGGGCUAAGGAUUAUUCUGACGAUCCGAUAAAUGCGCAAUUUGGUUUUAGUAUUGGUCAACGUGCAUUUUUCGUUGUUGGUCUACAUCCGAAUAGUUCGCGAAAAGCUCGGCAAUUUCUAGUACCAGCAAUUGCUUUUAAUUCGCACAAUCAGUUUACGAAUUUGCGACGAUUGAAGGUGUUAACUGAAAUAAGACAAGUUACUCGAAAUAAUGAUCAACAUCAAAAUGGAUCGAUUAAUCCGAAUUUGAUCCCGAAUGAUGAAAAUUCAAGUGCUUUUGAAUACUCGGGCAAGCGUAUUCAGCCGGACUGGAUACCCGACUUCAAAUCGUUGCAUCCAAAAAUCGAUCUACUUUGA